GCAGUACAUUCCUGGCUGUCAUAUUUAGCAGUCUGUCCAAGUAGUAGUAAAGACUGACUACAUCCUGAAAGUUCUUGAGGAUAGGAGGCAGACUAUUCAACACUGAUCUUUGGAGUACAACACAGAGAAAGAUGCCAGGUGAGAGGCUAACAUUUCGCACAUCAGAUGUGGGGCGCUUUCCUGGUGCAUCCCCACCCACUCGGGUGGAGUUGUCCAUUCAGAAGGAAGGGGAAGAAAAAACAGAGAGUGCCUGCCACCGCUGGUUUCGGAAAAUGUGCCCAUGCUGCUGCAAAUGCCAGAACAACAAGACCUAUGAUAUCACAGAUAAGGUGGAACUGGUCAACGCUCCCACCCCGAUUCCAGAACUUGAUGGAUUAAAACCAGAAAAUGGAGACUCAAAGGAAAUGCAAGUUAUGAAGUUGUCUGUGUGCUCUGUGGAUCUGCUGAGCUCCAAAACAGGCACAAACAGGCAGUCGCAUCACACUGACCUGUACCAUUCAGAAGAGCUGAUCAUACGCAGGGGACAGAUAUUCCAAAUAGCGCUAGAGCUCAACAGGCCCUUCAGCGCAGAGACUGACAAGCUGCAUCUGGAUCUGAGAACAGGUCCACUACCACUGGUUUCCAAAGCCACACACGUCAUCAUCCCAUUGGUUGAUACGUUGGACAAUAAACGAUGGGGGGCUAAGAUUGAAGAGCAGAAUGACAACAAGGUUAAACUGUCGAUCCAUUCUGCAGCCAAUGCAGUGAUUGGGCUUUAUGGUCUGAUAGUCACAACUAGCUCCCUGAAAAAUGAAACUCCAAAUAGUUACAGCUCCAGCAAGAACAUCAUCAUGCUCUUCAACCCCUGGUGUCCAGAGGACAUAGUCUUCCUGGAUGAUGAAGAGGAGAGGAAGGAAUACGUGUUGAAUGACACUGGAAGAAUUUACUAUGGAACUGAGAAGCAAAUUGGUGUUCGGACUUGGAACUUUGGUCAGUUUCAAGAAGGAAUCUUGGAAGCAUGUCUAUUCAUUCUGGAAAAGAGUGAUAUGCCACCAUCUGGUCGAGGGGAUCCCGUUAAUGUUGUCAGGGUCAUAUCGGCCAUGAUAAAUGCCCAAGAUGAUUAUGGAGUUCUGAUUGGAAAUUGGUCAGGGAAUUAUUCUGAUGGAGUGUCUCCUGCUGCGUGGAGCAGCAGUGUGGAGAUUCUGAGGAAAUACCACUCGUCCAAUGGAACACCUGUGUCAUAUGGGCAAUGUUGGGUCUUCUCCGGAGUCACAACAUCAGUACUCCGUUGUCUUGGCAUACCUGCUCGGAGUGUGACCAACUUCCAGUCUGCUCACGACACUGAUGUGUCCCUCACAACAGAUGUAUAUUUUGAUGAGAAUAUGGACCCAAUUGACUACCUCAAUAGUGAUUCUGUCUGGAAUUUCCAUGUAUGGAAUGAUUGCUGGAUGGCCAGGCCUGACUUGCCCCAUGGUCAUGGGGGCUGGCAAGCUGUUGACUCCACUCCUCAGGAAACAAGCCAGGGUACCUUCCGCUGUGGCCCCGCCUCUGUGACAGCCAUCCGCUCUGGCCAGGUCUACCUCAAACACGACACACCUUUUGUCUUUGCAGAGGUCAACAGUGACAAGAUCUACUGGCAAAGGAAUCUAGAUGGUACGUUCAGCCAGAUCCACAGUGAGAAGAAGGCUGUUGGCCAUUUUAUCAGCACAAAGGCAGUUGGAUCUGAUGAACGAGCUGACAUCACUCAUCUUUACAAACAUCAGGAAGGAUCGGAGGAAGAACGUAUCGCCGUAGAGACUGCCAGUCGUUUUGGCAGCAAGCCAGAUGUCUACUCCACGGCUAUAGCAGAGGAUGUCAAUGUGGAAGUGAUGAUGGUGGGAGAGGGGCCCAGGAUGGGGGCCGAUGCCCACCUGAACAUCGUGGUUAAGAACUUGAGCUCUCAGCCACGUAGAACUACACUACACAGUCAGGUGGCUGUCAUGUACUACACAGGUGUUGUAAAGGACACUAUCAAAAAGGAGCAGUUGCCAGUGGAGCUCUUGCCCAAUGAAGAAAAGAUCAUCGAGUGGGUUUUGCCUUAUCAACAAUACCAGAACCAGCUGGUGGACCAGGCAGCACUGAUGCUGACAUUGUCCGGAAGAGUCAAUGAAACCAAGCAAGUGUUGGCCAACCAAACUUGCUUCAGGCUUCUUACACCUGAUCUCAACAUCAUGCCUUUGGGGAAAGCUGUGGUUGGUAAGGAAAUGGCAGCCAAGAUCACAUUCACCAACCCGCUGCCAAGAAUGCUGAAGAGUGUUGUCUUCAGAGUGGAAGGACUGGGUCUCCAGAAAGGCCAUGAAGUGUUUGUGGGUGAUGUCAGUGGUCACUCGACCGUGACACUGACAGAACACUUCAUCCCGACCCAACCUGGGACCAGGAAACUGGUGGCAUCUCUUGACUGCAAACAGCUAACACAAGUCCACGGAGUGGCUGAUAUCAUUGUUCUUGAACAGUGAGAGGCAAAUGGCUGCAUCACCUUGUCAUAUUCUUUACUGACAACUAUAAAAAAUGAACUCAAAUAUGAGUAUUUUGUUUAAAUACAGCAAAAUGUUAGAAAACAUGAGUGCAAGAUGGCAUUAUCAGUAUUUUUUUUUUGUUUAAAAAACCUCACAGCAUUAUUGAAAGCUUAUAGCACACAUUUUUUAUUCAGUGUAUUUUUAUUAUGAAGUUCAAAAACCGUUCUAGUACUGAAAAAAAAUCACUGAACCAAACAUGUUCAUUUCAUUUCACAAUUAUUGUAUACUGUAAGUGUGUGUAGCUUAGAGAGUAUGUGAAAAAUGUUAUCAGUCAAAGUGAACUUCACAUUGGCUUACAUGAAAGUAGAGUGGAAGGUUUGGACACAUUGUAAUUUCAUAUAGUUUACAUUCUUUACCUAACUUUGAGAUAACUUCAGGAAAAAGCCUCACUUGAUAUUUACUCUUGUGAUUUAUUUAAAAAAAGACAAUUCUCUUGUAAUUGUCAGAAAUUAUGUACAAGAGGGAAAAAAGUCAAACGUCUCGUUAUUGUGUUGUCGACUUCAGUGUAAUAUAGGACUACACUGUGUUCUUGAAGAGCAAUUAUAUCAGAUGUUCCCCUUGGUUUUGCUGCUUUCACUAUUGAAUGUAUGUUUAUGUCUACACUAACACUAACAUUUCUGACUGUAUCACACUGUAUCAUGUGGACUUAUGAGGUAGCCUUAUAUCAUUGUGAAACACUGACCUUUGUUUAGCUCACCUGAUUCGUUACUUUGGUUAACUUCAGACGUCACUUUGAAAUGUGAAGGAAACUUGUAGGAUCAUUUUAUUAUUAUUAUUUUGUAUUGAGUAUGAUGCUGAUUAAAACUUAACUGACCACCAAAAUGAACUGAGUUCUUCUUUCACUCAUCAUC